CAGUUAAAUGCCUGUUAUUUGACCGUUUUUUGACAUUUAAAAAAAUGCGAAAUAAAUGCAUUUAAACGUUCCCAGUUAUAAUGGCAAAAAACGGCCUAAAAACGGAGUCAAAUGUCAUAAAAAUGCCUUUAAAAUGCUUAUUAACAGCGUAUUAAAUGGCAUUUAGUUGGCAAUUAAUUACACCGUUUUUGACGUCCUGGGAGCAUGAUCUUGAGUGAUUUGCAAAUAGCUUCUAUAUUUCAAUUCAACAACAAUAAGAAACCAUUUUGAUAUGUAGUUCAAUAGAUUAUUUUCGAGAUAGAAAGUUGAUUACUAUUGACAAAUAGUGGCACCACAUGGCAAAUACUACUUCGUCCCGUUUCGCACAAUAUCAAUUCCGUUGUUCGAUAUUCUAUUGCGCUCACAAUUCCUUAUAAAGGUUAAAAGUAAUAUAUUCUUGAGAGGUGCUAUUGAUUAUGAUGGUUUAUGACCGAUAGAUGAGAGAUGUGCGAAGUAUAUGGUAAACAUAGCUCAACGCUGAUGAAUUUGCCUGAUGUAUUAGUCUCACUUCAACUACCUGUGAAAUCCAAUAUACAGUGAUAUGAUAUCAGUCAAAUGUAAAUAUGAAUUCAACGCAUAAAACAUAUAUUGUAUGACAUGUUUCAGAUUUGAUAUAUUUAUUCUUAAAUAAAUAUCAUCAUUUUUGAAUUAAGCACUUUUAAAUAUAGCAAUCACUAUUUUUAAGAGCUGAAACUCAUUUGACGACAGUACACAUGCCGAAGAUAUCACUAACGAAACGAACGAUAUUUAUGAGAUAAAAUAAGACAACUUUUUGUUCCAAGUUACUACUAAAGUAUCACGAUCGAAAAUAGAAAUUAAACAAAAAGCAUGUUUAUAUAAAGACAGAAAAAUAUUAGUUCAUAGCAUCAUUCUCCCUCUACUCAUUACCAUUUUUCAUUUUUGUAUAUUAGAAUCAAAAGUAGGUGGUUACAGGCGAUUGAUGAUUCAACAUAAACGCACAACAUUUUUUUCCUAUUCGGUUGUGGUUAGAAGUAAAGAUUACACUAACCGACGAGAGACAUACAAGACAGGUAAUAUUAGUGAAGUAAGUAAUCGAAAAAAACGAAGGAAACUGCGACUGCAAUAAAUCAACAUGUAAAUUAGCUAAAAUGAUUAUUGUUCUGUUCAAAUUUUGAAAAUAACUGAAAUAGUUUGUGUUGUAAAGAAUUAGUUCAUUUCGAAAAAGGUCAAUAAACAUAUGUUUAACAAAGUGAUAACAUCGCAUUCACUCAAACUCUUGCACGAAGUUUUUCAUUAGUUACACAACGAAUCUUUGAUUCGUUCGGAUAACUUUACCUGUUUAUUAAGUAAUAUGAGUAACAGAGUAAUAAAAAUUAAAAAUAUGAUGCGAUAACCUUAUCUUGAUCAUUCUAAAAGUAAACAGUGAUUCUUUUGCAUAUUUAUAGGUAAAGAUUCAUCACAUCAUCUUCUAUACUACUUAGUAAAAAACAAAAAUGGGCAAAUUAUUAUUAAUUUUUUGUUGCAUUAUUUUAUCAGUUUUUGUUAAAAGUACAUCAGCAACCAUUAAUGCUUAUGCAUACGACGAUGGUCAUGAUGGUGAAGAACAUUGUUGUGUGGUACGCAUGCGUGAAAAUUUUUGUAUUGGUGUUCCAAUUACACGUCGUCUAAUUCAAGUCAAUUAUGAUUGCGGUAAAUCAACAAAUCGUUUUGGAAAAAGAGUUAACAAUUUAAAAUAUUUGAAACAAAUAAAUCGUCGCUUAAGAGUACAAAAAUCAUUUUCAGUUGGUGAAAAAACAUUGUUGGAAUUAAAAGAAGUAUUACCCAAAGAUAUAUUAGACAAUGAUUUAGUAUGUUUAUCAUCAAAAAAUAGUAGCAUCAGUUUAGCACAAUGCCAUAUUGAAUUAGCUACCGUGGAUCAAGAUCACAACGAUAUGGAUGACGACGAGACGAAUGAUGAACAAGAUCGUCGACAUCAUGGUCAUAGAUACUCGGCUCAUAGACGACAUUCGUCAUAUCGUCAUCAUCAUCAUCAGAAACAUCGUGAUGAUGAUAGCCGUGUCAAACGUGAAGUGGAUGAAACACAAGAAACUGCCUCAGUAGAUACAACUACUGGUGAUACUGAAGAUCAUGUAGAAGAAAAAAAUUAUCGUGAUGUUCAUAGUCCAGUAGAAGUGAUAGAAGGUCGUGGUCUUCAAAUUCAUACCACUGUCUCGUUAGCAAAUAUAGAUCAUAGACCAGAGAAUAUUAAACAAAGAAAAUGUUGGCAUUGGUAUAAGAAAAAUUUAUCGAAAGCUCGAACAUAUUCAACAGACAAAUGUAUUGAAUUAAAUGAUCAUACCGAAGAUUGUAUUAAUCAAUUGAUAUACAAAACUGAUUCAUCUACCAAUGAUAAGACGACUGGAGAAGAAGAAUCGAUUGUAAAUAAAAUGAAAAAACCCAAAACAGCUUUAAUAUCAAAAGGUUCUAAGUUGUAUUGUGAAAAUCGAUCGGGUAAUAAUAAACUAGUUGGUAUUCAUCGUCGUAGUCGUGUAUGUUUUAUUGGUAAACAAGAAUUGCGUAUUGAACAUGAUUUCGAAGAUACGGCAUCAUUGUCAGAUAGUCGAAAAAAUAAAAAAGUUUUAAAAUAUUUAGCCGAAAAUGAAUUGUACAAUGCCGAAUUUGGUGAUGAUUGUGAGGAUAAAACGACAUUAGUCGAAAUACGAGAUAGAGCAAAAAAGACAACUACACAACCAUCGACAACAUCAAAACAUCCCUUUGAAGAUGAGGAAGACGAAGAAGACGAAGAAGAUGAUGAAUAA